UGUAUUUACAUAAGUUAGUGUUACAUUAUUAACAAUGCUAUUAUAAUGCAUUUUCAGAGAAUACCCAAUUUGUAUACUUUUACAAACUGUUGCUAUAGAGUAUAAUUGUUUUUUUUUUCCUAUUUAAUUGAUUGCCAUAAUAAUUUGGAAGCCACUUCUGUAACUUCUUUUCUGAUGUUGAUAGAUCGUCAGAAUCAACUGAAAUUUCCUUAUUUCAUAUUUUUAUUUUCUUUCGGAAUAAUGUUGCAAAUUUAGUAAAAUUAGAAGAAAAUUCAUGCAUUGCUGCAGUUCAUAAAAUUGGCCAAUGGAACAUCGAAAUUUUUCGUGCAAUAAUUUUCGAUGCUGUGCUCGCACAGAUUGUUGGUUACGAAUACGUGGCCCUGAACUGCCCUGCACAUCAAGGUCGCUAUUCAUUAUUGGACAACCGGUGCCACAGUUGGAAGGGCCAACGACGUCUUCAAAUUUAGCAUUUCGAUAUACAAGACCGACCGAAAUUAUUCAGGAGGAUAUAAAUUUGAAACAAUUACUUCUUUCGGAUACCACAACACAAUGCUCUCCCCUUCAUCUGCGUCAGUUACUUCGUCUCUAUAAAAUUGAUGUUCUCUCUCCAGCGCAUAUUCUAUUUUUGCUUGUUUACCUUAUUGCAUUGGAGUGUGGUUUUGUGCCGAAACAGCUAUUUAAGAAGUUUUGCCGUGUGCUUCCGACAAUUCCACCUUUCCUUACCUAUCACUCAAAAAAUGUAUUGUUUCUAAGUAGGGAAAAACCGAUGUAUCAGUUCAAGAGCCCUCAUGAGACAUAUUUCUCCAUUGAGCUUCGUGUGCUAAAUCGAAAUGUAAAGCAUAGCUCUCUCUACUCAACACUUACGGCUCUUGUAAGUGGGAAUUAUCUACUUGUGACUCUAACUCCAACUACAACUACAUUGAGGGGUUCUAGCUCUUGUUUGUCAAUUAACCGUUAUAUUAUAUCACAUUUAACUUCGCAUGAACCGAUAUCGCGGUAUUUUAGAAAUCUAGACCAAUUAACAGCACAAUUGCGCGACAAAGUUUUUAUACCAGUUCGCAAUGAGCAAUUAGCAUAUAUGGGGGCAAGUCCUUAUCCUUCAAUUAGUGGUCUGCCAUCGGAUAUUCGUGAGAUCCUCUACGAAUAUCUAAAUGAAAACGAUUUGAAAAAUUUGUCCCAAAUGUCCAAGCAAUUUUAUGCAGAACUAGAAAAGAGGAACAUGGAGAGCUACAAAGAGGACAUCCAAAAUGGACCUAACGAACAGACCGAUUUAGAAGAAAGCGCUUUGGAAAAAGAUAACAGUAAAAACAUAUUUGUUUGAUGAAGUUUUUAUGAAAAGAACCUUAAAUCAAAAUAACUGGCUGUUUUAGUAAAUCUUCAAUUUUAAAUAUUUCUAGGUAAUGCUUUCUAGGAAGAUCUGAUAUACUAUAACAUUAAAAUUAAUGUAAAAUAAAAUAAUAUUAUGGACAACAAAUGUU